GUGCAGGGAUCCCCCUUAUUCCCUAUUAAUGGUGGGCACCUCCAAACCCGCCCCUUUAAACCACGUCCCUCGCUCUAUGACGUCAUCACCUCUGCGCGUCUCGUCCCCACGGCAUGGCUGCCCCGUUACCGUGGUAACCGCCGUCCAAUCAGGUGCGGCUCCUCUCUCCCCGGAAGUGACGCAGACCGGAGGCGGCGCCGGGAUGAAGCUGCUCACACACAACCUGCUCUGCUCCAACGUGCGCGGGCUGCGGCCUGGAGGAGGCUUCCCCCUGCGGAUACAGGCCUCGGACGUCUCCGUGCGGCCGGUACCGUUCAACGCUGCCUUCGUGGCCCGUUUGGUGCCACGUCUGCGCUGGGGGGCGCUGCUGGAGGCGGCCGAGAGCUUGGGGCACCCCUCGGAGCUGCCCCCCGAGCCUGCCCCUGACUACGAGGGAGAUGAAGCCUUCCUGAGGCGGGUGCACCAUGUACUGCUGGAGGUGGAGGUGCUGGAGGGGUUCCUGCAGUGUCCGGACUCGGGGCGUCAGUUCCCCAUCUCCAGGGGGAUCCCCAAUAUGCUGCUGAGCGAGGAGGAGGCCUAAGGGGGGGGGGAUGGAGACCCCCCCUCUGCACCCCAAAGUGGAGCAGACCCCCCAUGGGCGGCUGAAUCCCAUGUAAAGGGGGGGGGGGGCGCUUUUGAGGUUUGGUUUUGGGGGGGGUUCCUGUCCUAAAGGUAUUCCUUUGCUCCCAAAUCGCCCCUUUUUGCCCUAAAUUGCCCCUUUUUGCCCUAAAUCACCCCUUUCUGCCCCAAAUUUCCCCUUUUUGCUCCCAAAUUUCCCCUUUUUGCCCCAAAUCUCUCCUUCCUACUCCUAAAUCACCCCUUUCUGCCCCAAAAUCACCCCUUUUUGCUCCCCAAUUGCCCCUUAUUGCUCCCAAAUCGCCCCUUUCUACCCCAAAUCUCCCUUUUCUGCCCCCAAACUCCCUUUUCCCCCUAAAACUCCCAUUUUCCAUCCAAACCCCUUCCAUUCCUCAACCUUCCAGCCUCUCCCCCCUCCCCCUUUCCCCUUUUCCCCCAUGUUCCUUGGCCCCUCUGUGUUUCAUUUAUGGUUUCUUAAUAAAAACCCUUUUUUUGGCCA